UGCAUUUUUCAGCCAUAGACAACAAGUCACGAAGCUUCACGCUUGCAGUCGAAAGGGGAAAGAUGAACCCUUCUGCGCCUCCGCGUCCUCCUCCGCUUCAGCCGCCGCCGCCCGCUGCAAGCUUUCAUCUGCUGCCUCCGGCACCGCCUUCCUCUACAGGCUUUAAUCCCCCGCCGCCGGCCACCAAUUCCGCACCUCGCAUUUUCUUCUCUCCCGGCUUCCACAUCCCUCCCGCCGCCGCGGCGGCGUCUGAUAUCCCCGCCGCCCUCUCCGCCCUCACUUCUCUCCUCCGCCUAUCUCAAACCACUCUCGAUUCUCUCUCCAGUAUACUCCCGGCCGCGUCCGCUCCCUCGGCGGCUACUCUCAUCCCUUGCCCUUUCAACCCUACUCACCGUCUCCCUCCUCCCUCGCUAUUCCACCACACUCUCCAUUGCCUGCCUUCCUCUUCAUCUGCUUCCUUGGAUUCCCUAAUUCAGUCCCGACGCUACCCCCAUACGCUCCGCUCCUCUGCGCAGGGCAACGAUGUCCAAUUCACUCAUCCUCUCCACGAUCCCCAAGCCGAGCUAUGCUUCUCUCUCGAAAGCUACUUCGAUCAUGACCAGGAUAGUUUCUUCUACGCUAAUUGUCCCGGUGUUGUAAGCUUCCCUGGCAAGGAUCCGUCCCCUCCAAUGCUCAUUUUGCCCGGUUUCUUAUUGUCUCAUUGUUCCAAUUCCGCGGAAAACUGUUCUAUAGAUCUGAAGGAGCUUCCUGUUGGCCGUACUCAGCUUCUUCCUUCUGAAAUAUACGCCAUUAGGGUUGAAGUUCAUUCAUGGAAUGAUUAUCCUUGCAGCUAUUCGUAUAGAAUCCUCCGGGCUAUACUGCGGCUAGAAAUGAGUAGUUUGUGUUCUUUGCCAGCGUGGUUGAUUGCCAAUUCACCUAAGUAUGGUGUAGUGAUUGAUGAGGCAAUGAGCAAUCAUAUAGUUUUGUUGUGUAAGCUGUGUUUGAAAGCUAUUGUCAGUGAAUCUGUUGGGUUAGCUAAUGCAACUGGGAAACAAGAAGGCGAUAAGGAAUCAGCUUCGAGUGAUAGGAGGCUUGAAUGCCCCAUCUUAGUUCGAGUAUUGAUGUGGUUAGCGUCCCAGCUAUCUGUACUGUAUGGUGAAAUGAAUGGAAGAUUAUUUGCAAUCAACAUUCUAAGGCAAUGCAUCUUGGAUUAUGCUUUGAAAUCCUGUUUAUUUUCUGGACUUCAACAAGCUACACUGGUACGAGAAUUAAAUGAAGUCAACAAAGAACAUGAGGAGCCACUGGAAAGUAGUAAAUCACAUGAAAGUAGAAAGGAGAACAAGAGAAAUGAUGUAGAAGGUGGAACACUAGGUAAAAGCAUGGUUUCUGUUUCUCAAGUAGCAGCAGCUGUUGCUGCAUUGCACGAAAGAUCAAUACUCGAAGGAAAGAUCAGAAAGCUGCAGGACUUGCGGCCAGUUUCUGUAUCCCAACGAAACGUGGAGCAUGCAUAUGUGGCAAAGAGAGCAGAUGAGGAGAGGCAGAAACGGCCCAACUAUAAUGCUGUAAUUGACCAUGAUGGGCUUCUUUGGCAGCGGUCACAUAAUAAUCAGGAAACAAAUAAAAUGAAGACAAGAGAGGAAUUGUUAGCUGAGGAAAGGGAUUACAAGCGCAGGCGAAUGUCAUAUCGUGGCAAGAAAGUGAAGCGGUCAACUACCCAGGUUAUGAGGGAUAUAAUAGAGGAAUACAUGGAGGAUAUUAGGCAAGCAGGUGGAGUUGAUUGCUUAACAAAAGGAGAAGAGGCGCAAGCUUCUAUCUCAGGAAAUUCUUCAAUGCAAGGUCUUUACAGAGAUGAUGGAAAGUCCAAUAAAAAUAAAGUGGACUCAUCUUUAAUGAGGGAACAGUCACAUCACUAUAUGAAAGGAUUUCAUUCUCAUAGAGAAGCCCAAUCAUCAGACUUCAGAGAUGACUCUUCCAAAGAGAGCACUCGAGAUAGAUCUCGUCACUCUCAUGGAACUGUAGUUGCAGAUAGAAGUGUUGGGAAAAAUGGGCGUAGCAGGCGGGAUUAUUCUAGAAGCCCAGACAGGCUACAAAGCAGUACCUAUACAAGCAAACAAGCAAGUGUACGGAGGAAGCAUGAUGAUCGAGAAGCGUAUAAAGAAGAUUUUUCUCACAGCUCCAGUAGAAAACACCAAAAAUCACAUGAUCGUAAGAGUCCUCACAGAGAGAGAAUUGAGCGUAAUUUAGACCCUGGAAAACGGAGGCGAAGGGAAACAUACCAGGAUCAUAGACGCAAUGAGUUCGAGGACAGAUAUAAUCCUUCAGAAUCUCAUGAUAUCUACGAAGAUAACGUCUAACUGUCAUGGUAAGUUGGGUGGAUGAGAUCAUUUGCUGAAUUGCUGUUAUGAUGAGACUGGUUUCCACAAAAAGUAAAGAUUAAGAUUGUUAAAGUCUGAGUGGUUCUUCCUCCAGUGGGGUAAGUAUUAUGGCAGGAAUUGUCCUGAAUACCUCUUUUUAUCGUUCUUUUUCAGAGAUAAAACUAAUUACAUUUUUUCUUUGGCCCGUUUUCUCUUAAAAACUCGCAGUAGAAGUGAAACAAACAGGUUUCUGCAGUUUCAUCUACAUCUGUAUCCUCCUCUGUAUCCUUAAAAUGAUUAUUCUAUUAUUGCUUAUAGUUAAGUUUCUUUUCAUUGUUA